UCAGAAUUUUUAAGAGAAUACUCAAUCCACCGCCUAUGACAACAACAAAUAAUUUAAACAAAGGAAUUGCAUUAACUAAACAAAUGAUUCCUUUUGCUGAAGAACCACCUCCACCUCCAAUAAUCGCUAAUAAUAAUUUGGAAAAUAUGAGAGGCCAAGUUCCUUUUAUUGUGCCAAAUGAUGCUAAUAAUCAGAAUGAUUUUGCUUCAAAAUUAUUAGGGCAAUUAUUUCCCUUGAAUGGUGGAGGAGAGAAUAAUAAUAAGCCUGUUUCUCCACGAAUGGCAGCUGCUCCUCUUGCUGGUUCACCUUUCGAUUUAUUCAGCAAUGGAGGAGGACUAGCAGCAGGUCAAUCGGCUACCCCAAAUCCCCUUCUUCAAAUGCUCACUCAGGGGUCUACAUUAGAACAAAUAACAACUUUAACAAGAAAUUUGCUUCAAAUGUCAAAUGGAAAUAAAGAAAUCCUUUCAACCUUAAUGAAUGCAAUAACUGGGGGAGGAGGAGGAAGCCAAGCUUCAAAAUUAACAAGUUCAGCAUUAGCAACAGCCUCUUUACAAAGACAACCACAAUUACAAAAUAAUGCAAUCUCUGCAUUUUUGGCAGGGAAUAAAUCUUUAAUACCCUCAGCAGUUAUAAUUGAGGAUGAAGAAAUUUUAGGGAAUAGAAGCAAUAGUGGGAGGUUUUUGGAAAGAGAGGAAAUUAGGGAAAUUGCUUCUAAUGGUAAAAUAUAA